AUGUCUAUAGUUAUCCCUGGCAUCUUCUUGGCACUUGAUAUAUCUAACAUUCACAUCCUGGCCACCCACUUCUCCCUGCUGGUGGGCAGCGAGGCCCAACAGUAAGCAGGACUGUGUAAGCAGGACUGUGUGGAGCACCCCGACUACACACUCCUCACUGCCACCGCCAAGGUCAAGGUAUGCACCAUGCCACAGAGAAGCUUCAGCACCCUGAGGAAGAAGAAGCAAGAGGAUGGGGAGGAGUAUGUCUGCCCCAUGGAUGUAGAGAUGCCUAAGGGACGCAGCUUCCAGAAGGGCUACCGGGACAUGGAGUUGCAGAUCUACGAGGAUGACCUGGACCGGCUAGAACAGAUGAAGGACUCCGAGGGCACAGUUAGGCAGAUUGGAGCCUUCUCCGAGGGAAUCAAUAACGAAAGAUGA